AUGGCUAGCAGGAGAGUUUCCGUCGCGAGUGACGAUGAUUCAACUAUCAAAGUCGCGCCCAAGAGAGAACGAGGAGGAGGCGAUAAGUUAUUAGGCACUAUUAAAUUAAAGAAACAACCUCCGAAGCACAAUAAGCCUGGCAAUUGGAGAGAAGGAAGUAUUAUUGAUGUCGACGAGAAGAAGAAAGGAACAGAUACACCAAUCGCGAAUUCGAUUCCAAGUCCUGGCCCUGUAGUUAAUAUGUUGGAUGAUGCCGCGCUUGAAACAUUUGCUACAGGCAGACCUUUAGAAGAUGACCCCGAUUUACAAGUUUGUAAGCAUUGCAAGAAGAGUGUAUUGAAGACCGCAACAGUUUCGCAUGUAAAAGCAUGUUUGAAUGCGAAGAGAGUCAAAUUGUUAAAGAAGAAGGAGGCGAAAGAAGCUAGGGAUAAGGUCAAAAAGAAAUUGGCAAAUAAAGAUGUCGAUGGAGAUGGAGAUACAAAAAUGGGCAGUGAUGAUGAUGACGAUGAUGAGGAGAAGGGCCCGGGUGGCUUCAAGAGUUCGAAGAAGAGCGCGGGUAAAAAUAAUGGGGAUGCGAAGGGCAAGAAGAGAAAGGCAGAUGGCGAGGGAGAAAAGGGUCCAAAACAGAAGAAAAAGAAGGAAGAGCCAAAACCAAAGGCUCCGAACCAAAGGUAUGCAUUUUUGAUCUCCGAAGCUAUAAUCGCUUCUAUUUCAUAUUUUGGCGGGGUAAUGGGGAAGACGGCGGAGGCAGGUAGUGGAAGCGUCUAA